UAGAUAAGCAUUAUUUACUGUUAACUACCUGUAGGUACUGCAUGUAAACUAUGACACAUUACGCAUAGUUUUAUUUCUCUGCAGAGAUCAUCGGGACGGAACCGAGUCUGCCAGUUUUCCAUCUAUCCAUAACAAUCCUCAAGACUUGGACUCCAUAUUUGCAUUACUUCAGGAGGACAUUAUAGCAUUUGUGAAGAAUGAACUGCAGAUGAUUCAGAGUGUUUUGAGUCAAGGAAACUCUGACUAUUUAGAGACUCAGAAGAAGCACGAGGUGGGAGAUGUUGGUGAAGAAAAGCAGAUCCGGAUCAGGAGAACAGCUUUUCUUAAGAUCACACUGCAGUUCCUGAGGAGAAUGAAUCACAACGAACUAGCUAAGUCCAUCCAGAGCAAAACUAACACAAUGAACUGCCAGCGGAAAGUCAAAUGUAAUCUGAAGAAGAAAUUCCAGGUUUUGUUUGAGGGAGUUGCUAAAGCUGGAAAUCCAACGCUCCUCAAUGAGCUCUACACAGAGCUCUACAUCACAGAGGGGGGAACUGGAAAAGUCAAUGAUGAACAUGAAAUCAGACAAAUUGAAGCAGUAUUUAAGAAAACAGACACAACAGAAACGACAAUCAAAUGUGAAGAUAUCUUUAAAACUUCAUCUGAAAGAGAUGGGCCAAUCAGAACAGUGCUGACAAACGGAGUGGCUGGCAUUGGGAAAACAGUCUUAACACAGAAAUACACUCUUGACUGGGCUGAAGACAAAGCCAAUCAGGACAUUCAGUUUAUAUUUCCAUUUACUUUCAGAGAGCUGAAUGUGCUGAAAGAGAAAAAGUUCAGCUUGAAGAAACUUCUUCGUCACUUCUUUUCUGAAACAAAAGGAGAAACCUACAACUAUGACAAGCCCCAAGUUGUGUUCAUCUUUGACGGUCUGGAUGAGUGCCGCCUUCCUCUGGACUUCGAAAAAAAUAAAACCUUGACUAAUGUCAGAAAGUCGACUUCACUGGAUGUGCUGCUGACAAACCUCAUCAGUGGUAAACUCCUUCCCUCCGCUCGCCUCUGGAUAACCACACGACCUGCAGCAGCCAAUCAGAUCCCUCCUGAGUAUGUGCACAUGGUGACGGAGGUCAGGGGGUUUUCUGAUCCACAGAAGGAGGAGUAUUUCAGGAAGAGAUUCAGAGAUGAGCGACAGGCUAGCAUUGUCCUCAGCAAUAUCCAGACAUCGCGAAGCCUCCACAUCAUGUGCCACAUCCCAGUCUUCUGUUGGAUCACUGCUACAGUUCUGGAAGAUGUGCUGAAAACCAGAGGGGGAGGACAGCUGCCCAAGACCCUGACUGAGAUGUACAUCCACUUCCUGGUGGUUCAGGCCAAAGUGAAGAAGGUCAAGUAUGAUGGAGGAGCUGAGACAUAUCAAUACUGGAGGAAGAUGACAGAGUCUCUGGGAAAACUGGCGUUUGAUCAGCUGCAGAAAGGAAACCUGAUCUUCUAUGAAUCAGACCUGACAGAGAGUGGCAUCGAUAUCAGAGCAGCCUCAGUGUACUCAGGAGUGUUCACACAGAUCUUUAAAGAGGAGAGAGGACUGUAUCAGGAAAAGUUGUUCUGCUUCGUCCAUCUGAGCGUUCAGGAGUUUCUGGCUGCUCUUCACGUCCAUCUGACCUUCAUCAACUCUGGAGUCAAUCUGCUUUCUGAUGCACAAUCUAAAUCCAAGUUGUCCGAACUGUUAUUUAAGGACAACGCAGCUACAAAGUUUUACCAGACUGCUGUGGACAAAGCCUUGCAGAGCCCAAAUGGACACCUAGAUCUCUUCCUCCGUUUCCUCUUGGGUCUUUCACUGGAAACCAACCAGAGUCUCCUGCAAGGUUUGCCAAGGCAGCAAGACAGUUGCUCAAAACCUAAACAGAAAACAAUCCAAUACAUCAAAAAGAUGAUAACAAAAGUCUCUUCACGGAGAAGCAUCAAUCUGUUUUACUGUCUGAAUGAACUGAAUGACAGUUCUCUAGUGGAGGAAAUUCAAAAAUCACUGAGAUCAGGAAGACUCUCCACAAAUGAACUAUCACCUGCUCACUGGUCAGCACUGGUCUUCAUCCUACUGUCAUCUGAAGAAAAUUUGGAUGUGUUUGACCUAAAGAAAUACUCUGCUUCAGAGGAGGCUCUUCUGAGGCUGCUGCCAGUGGUCAAAACCUCCAGCACAGCUCUACUAAGUGACUGUAAACUGACAGACAGAAGCUGCUUAUUUCUGGCAAACGUUUUUAACUCCCCAUUGUGUAAUUUGGUUGAACUAGACCUUAGUAACAACAACCUCCAAGAUUCAGGAGUGAUCUCACUCUGUGCUGGACUGCAGAAUCCAAACUGUCAACUGAAAACUCUCAGGUUGGACAAAAACAGCCUCACAAGCGCAUGCUGUCAGGAUCUCUCAUCAGUCCUCAGCACCCAGUCCAGUCUGAGAACUCUGUCCCUGAAUUAUAACAAGCUGCAGAAUUCAGCAGUGAAGCUGCUUUCUGAUGGCUUGUCCAGUCCACAGUGUAAACUCCAAAUUCUCGGGUUGGAAAGAAACUGCCUCACAAAUGCAUCCUGCCAGAUACUCUCAUCAGUCCUCAGCACCCAGUCCUCCAGUCUGAGAACUCUGUCCCUGAAUUACAAUCUGCUGCAGGAUUCAGGGGUGAAGCUGCUUUCUGUUGGCUUGUCCAGUCCACAGUGUAAACUCCAGAAUCUCAGGUUGUCUUUCUGUUUUCUGUCAUCGGGAAGUUGUGGUUUUCUGGCUUCAGUUUUCAGCAAUCAGCCUUCCAGCCUGAGAGAACUGGAUAUGAGCCGCAAUAGACUGUUGGAUUCAGGAGUCAAGCAGCUCUGUGUUGGUCUACAGAGUCGAUUCUGUAGACUGGAAACUCUCAGUCUGUCAGCCUGCUGGAUAGGUGAGAAAGGAUGCAUUUCUCUGGCUUCAGCCCUCACAUCCAACCCCUUCAGCCUGAAGGAGCUGGACCUGAGCUACAAUUGUCCUGGUGACUUGGGAGCAAAACUGCUUUCUGCUAAACUGAAGGAUCCCCAAUGCAGCCUUGAGACUCUCAGGCUGGACUACUCAGGAGCAGAGGGUGCGAAGAAGGUUGCCUGCAGUCUCACACUGGACCCCGAUACAGCUCACAGGAACCUUGCUCUCUCUGCAGACAGAAAGGCAGUACUUGGGUCAAAACGACCAAUUUUACAUUCACGGUGGGAAUUAUUUCCUAGCAGUCCAGAGGUUUAUUAUAAGUGGGAGCAGGUGCUAUGUACACAGGGUCUCACUGGUUUACGUUACUGGGAGGUAGAGUGGAAGGGAACUGUUUCCAUAGGUGUAACUUACAAAGCUGGACCUGACAAAGGUCCAGAUGAAUCCUGGCAUGGAGGAAAUGACAGAUCCUGGAUGCUGCUCUGCAAAGAUAAUCAUUACUCAGCAUGGCACGAUUACAAAGUGACAGAAAUACGACUUUCUCAGCACCCCGCUGGUUUUCAAAAAGUCGGAGUUUUUUUGAACUGGCCAGCUGGCAUUCUGUCCUUCUUUGAUAUCUCCUCUGAUACUCCGGUCCACCUCCACACCUUUUUCUGCAGGUUCACUGAGCCCGUCUACCCUGCACUGUGGUUCUGGUUUACACUUGAAAUGUACAAGUGUUCAGCAGCUUUGUGUGACCUGCAGGGAUAGCAGUCACCAAAUGUAAACAACUACUUAAGUGCCACACAGAACAACCUUUGCACACACUGUGAUCACCUGACCACAUAUUUUGAGACACGUCAGACUCUGAUGCAGAAAUAUUUUAUUAUGUUUUUCUCUGAAAAAAGUGUUUUAUCACCAAGUCUCUGACCCUAAUGGUUAAGACUGGAAUUUAGAGUAAUUGGAAGCAGCCAUAGUCAGUCUCUGCAUGAAUAAUGAUUCCAUCAUAAAUACCUGCUCAUUAUUAAGUUAGCCCAGGGAUUAAAGAGCUGUUCUGCUCAUGUUCACUUCUAAAGUGUUUUUCUUGGACUCCAGCGUAGCUUUGUUCAGUUUAUUUAUCUUACAUGAGGACUUAUGUACUUGCCUUGUUUAUGAAUACUUCAGGACCUCAUAGAGCACAUUGUUAUAUUAAUUAACAUUACAUAGUUAUAUUUGCAAUGAUACAAUAAUGUGUUCUGUUAGAUAUAUUUCAUGUAUCUGCUGAUCAUUUGUAAUCUUUUGUUCUGGUCAUGAUUAAAUAAAUGCUUUUUAACAGAA